AUGAGUGAGGAUAGCACCGAGAAGAUUGUUGAGCAGCAGUCGUUGAAGGCGCCGCGGCCGUCGUCUCCGCGGAAGUUUUUCGCUCGGAUUUACGGUCAUUUGGAGGAGGAGAAGAAAUGUGAGGUGGAGAGGCAGGAGUUGGAGUGCGAGUCGUCUUCUGACGUGGAGGUGGAGGAGAGCGACGGGCCGCAGCCGCAGCAGGAGCUGCCGAUGUGGCCGCCGCCGCCGCUGCCCGUGUACCCGCGCCCGAUGCUGCUGCCGCAUCAGCAGCUGGCUUUUGGUGCUGGUCUAGCAGCUUUCCUGGCUCGUAGACGUCGAAAAGAGAGUCGACCCCGGCGGCAAAGGACUACAUUUUCUGCACACCAGACCCUGAGACUUGAGCUGGAAUAUGCGAGAGGAGAAUAUGUGGCUAGAGCGAGAAGGUGCGAACUUGCUGCAGCCUUGUCACUGAGCGAGACGCAAGUCAAAAUAUGGUUUCAGAACCGAAGAGCGAAAGACAAAAGAAUUGAAAAGGCGCAUCUUGAUCAGCAAUACAGGCACUUAGCGGCAGCUUCAGGCCUAUUUCCGACGGUGUUAGGAGCGCCCUACUGUCCUACCCCUUGUCCGUGCCUACCAGUGCAUCCACCAGCUCUAGAUAAAUAAAAAUAAGCAUAUCGUAAUGUAAUAUUUGUAGGAAAAUGUAUUAUCAGUUGUUGUACAACUUGUACAUUAUGUCAAACUAAAAUUAAUUGGCAAAUAGAAAGAAAGAAACAUUUAUUACGAUUAUCUUGAUUUAAAAAAAUACGAGACGUUAAAAAUUUAUCAGUCAUAAUAUGUUUUUUAAACUACUUAAAAGUUCAGUUUAAAACUUAUUUGCUCUAGUCAAAAAUUAAUUUUAGUAACAUGUGACGUCAAAUGGAUAAUAAUCGUCAACAUUAACAAAUCGUCGCCGAUUAGUUAAGUACUUAUCG